AUGUUAAAUAGAAUGGAAGACAAAUACCAAAGAACAGAACCAAACAGUGGAGACAAAGAAGUAAAACAAGAACUCAAACCUGCCAUUCAAUGGAAGAAACAGAACGGUGGCUUCAGAGCUUCCAUGUUCAUCUUUGUUUUGUCAGCAUUGGAUAACAUGGGUUUUGUUGCAAACAUGGUGAGCUUAGUUCUGUACUUUUAUGGAGUGAUGCAUUUUGAUCUUUCAAGCUCUGCAAACACUCUCACAAAUUUCAUGGGCUCAACUUUCUUGCUCUCCCUUGUUGGUGGUUUCAUCUCAGAUACUUAUUUCAACAGAUUAACCACAUGUUUGCUUUUUGGAUCACUUGAAGUUAUUGCUUUGGUGAUGAUUACAGUUCAAGCUGCAUUGAAAAACUUACACCCAGAAGCAUGUGGUGAAUCAAGCUGUGUGAAAGGGGGUGUGGCUGUGAUGUUUUACACAUCAUUGUGUUUAUAUGCUUUGGGUAUGGGUGGAGUAAGAGGCUCAAUGACAGCAUUUGGUGCUGAUCAGUUUGAUGAAAAGGAACCUAAUGAAGCUAAAUCACUUGCAACUUUUUUCAAUUGGCUUUUACUUAGUUCAACUUUGGGUUCAGUUGUUGGUGUUACUGGUGUGGUUUGGGUUAGCACACAAAAAGCUUGGCAUUGGGGAUUUUUCAUCAUAACACUUUCUUCUUCCAUUGGUUUUGUUACACUUGCUCUUGGUAAACCGUUUUACCGUAUCAAAGUUCCUGGCGAAAGUCCAAUUUUGAGGAUUAUUCAGGUUAUUGUUGUGGCUUUUAAGAACAGAAAGCUACCAAUGCCAGAGACUAAUCAACAACUUUAUGAAGUGUAUAAGGAUGUUACUUUAGAGAAGAUUUCACACACAAACCAAAUGAGGUUUCUAGAUAAAGCCGCAAUUCUUCAAGAAACUUGUGAACCUCAACAACCAUGGAACGUUUGCACAGUGACACAAGUUGAAGAAGUAAAAAUCCUAACAAGAAUGUUACCAAUAUUAGCCAGUACAAUUGUAAUGAACACAUGUUUAGCUCAGCUUCAAACAUUCUCAGUUCAACAAGGCAACAUAAUGAACCUUAAACUUGGUUCCUUCACAGUACCUGCGGCAUCCAUUCCUGUUAUCCCACUUCUUUUCCUAUGCACAUUGAUUCCAAUUUACGAACUUUUCUUUGUACCGUUUGCGAGAAAAAUCACAAACCACCCUUCAGGUAUUACACAGCUUCAGAGAGUUGGUGUUGGACUGGUACUCUCUUCAAUCUCAAUGACGAUAGCCGGAAUCAUUGAAGUUAAAAGAAGAGACCAAGGAAGAAAAGACCCUUCAAAACCAAUAAGCCUAUUUUGGUUAUCUUUUCAGUAUGCUAUAUUCGGUAUCGCAGACAUGUUUACACUGGUUGGACUAUUGGAAUUCUUCUACAGAGAAGCACCUUCAACCAUGAAAUCACUUUCAACUUCAUUCACAUUCUUGUCAAUGUCGCUGGGUUACUUCUUGAGUACUAUUUUCGUUAACGUUAUUAAUUCUGUCACGAAAAGGGUGACCCCGAGUAAACAAGGUUGGUUACAUGGUUUUGAUUUCAAUCAAAACAAUCUUAACUUGUUCUAUUGGUUCUUAGCAAUAUUAAGCUGUCUUAAUUUCUUUAACUUCCUGUAUUGGGCCACUUGGUACAAGUACAAAACUGAAGAUAUAAUGAACUCAGAGAUGAACUCAAAGGAGUUAGGUGAAACACCUUUGUUAAUGGAUGGUGGUGGUAAGGCAAAAGAAAGUAGCCAAACGAGUGAAGCCAAUACUGAGGGACCCUCUUCUUCUGAUGAAACAGAUGAUGGAAAAGAGAAAGAAAGAAACACUAGAGAAUGGAAACAUAGAUAA